AUGGGCUCCGCGGCUGCAACUACUUUCCCGUCGAUGUCGACUACUCACAAAGAGAUAGGGUCACCGGGGAGUCAAGAUAGUGGAUGUACCUCUCUAUACAUAGGGAGUAAGCACGACGCCUCGAUUCACGAUGCAUCCUCCGGACUGGACAUCGUAUCCGGCGAACCAUCAUUACUCUGGUACAAGAUCCGGGCCUACGGACGGGAUGCCUUCUCCGAGUUCUUUGGCACAAUGAUAUUGAUACUCUUUGGCGAUGGCGUCGUCGCCCAGGUACUCCUCAGCCACGGCCAGAAGGGCGACUACCAGUCCAUCUCGUGGGGGUGGGGACUGGGCGUCAUGCUAGGCGUAUACGUCAGCGGAUCAUCAGGAGCCCACAUCAAUCCCGCCGUAACAUUCGCAAACUGCAUCUACCGCGGCUUCCCCUGGCGCAAAUUCCCCAUCUACAUGCUCGCCCAAUUACUCGGCGCCAUGUGCGGCGCAGCCAUCGUCUACGGAAACUACAAAUCCGCCAUCGACGUCUACGAGGGUGGCCCGGAUAUUCGCACUGUACCGGGUUACUCGACUACCGCGACGGCGGGCAUCUUUUGUACCUACCCAGCUGAAUUCAUCACUAAGACUGGCCAAUUCUUCUCCGAGUUCCUGGCUAGUGCGAUUCUGAUGUUUGUGAUAUUCGCGCUGAAAGAUGAUGGGAAUUUAGGGGCGGGUCCGUUGACUCCUCUCGCGCUGUUUUUCGUGAUUUUUGGCAUUGGCGCUUGUUUUGGCUGGGAGACUGGGUAUGCUAUUAACCUUGCGAGGGACUUUGGCCCUCGACUUGUCUCGUAUAUGUUGGGGUAUGGACACGAGGUGUGGGCUGCUGGAAAUUAUUACUUUUGGGUCCCCAUGGUCGCCCCGUUCCUGGGCUGCACAUUGGGCGGAUGGCUCUACGAUGUCUUCUUGUAUACUGGACUAGACAGUCCUGUCAACAUGCCUUGGCUGGGUAUCAAGCGGAUGUUCCGCCCCAGUCGUAGACAACAAGUAGCCCUGCCCAGUCCUGUCUGA